AUGAGCUACGUACCUAAGCGAGCGUUGUCCACGCUCAUCCCCCCAAAGGUUGCGUCUCCUAAGGCCAUUGGAGCCAACCCCGAUGCCGUCCGAAUGCAGAGGGUAGUAAACUUCUACGAGAAGCUCCCCCGAGGUGCUGCUCCUGAAGUUAAGGCUACCGGUCUUCUAGGCCGAUACCAGGCCAAGCAUUUCGGAAAGACCCCCACUGCCAAGCCCAUUAUCCACGUCGUCGUCUUCCUAGUUGCGAUUGGUUAUGCCCAGAACUACUACUACCAUCUUCGCCACCAUAAGAACAACGCCCACUAA